AUUUUCUUCCCUUUGUAUGUGAUGGCUGUUCAGGUGUCUUUUGCCUUCAGCACAGGAGCCGGGAUGCUCAUGGGUGUUCUGAGGUGAAUAUAAGAAACAAUUCUGUGAAACCAGAUCAGCACAAAUCUUACCCAUGUUCAUACAAGGACUGCAAUGGAAAGGAGCUUUUGCCAGUUUUAUGUCCCUACUGUGAAAAACAUUUUUGUCUAAGGCACCGGCAUCAAUCAGACCAUGAAUGUGAGAAAAUGGACACACCAAAACCUCGAAUGGCUGCCACCCAGCAGCUAGUUAAACAUAUUAUAGAUUCUAAAAAAAAUGAGGAAGCAAAAAGCAAAAUACGUAAAGGAGCGAAAAACAAUGAGACAGCAGCAAAAGUGGCGUUAAUGAAACUGAAAAUGCACGCGUGUGGGGACAAGUCCUUGCCUCAGACAGAAAGAAUUUACUUUCAAGUAUUUUUACCAAAGGGGAACAAAGAGAAAAGCAAGCCUAUGUUCUUUUGCAGUAAGUGGAGUAUUGGCAAAGUAGUAGAUUUUGCGGCUUCCUUAGCAAGCCUUAAAAAUGACAACAACAAAUCAACAUCCCAGAAAUUGAGAUUAUGCCAUACUGCCUCUGGCAAAGCCUUGCCAUUUGAACACACAUUGGAAACAUGGCUAUCUGAUAAAGACUAUCCAUUGUACAAUGGUGGAAAUGUAAUUUUGGAGUAUCUUGAUAAUGAUGUUCUAUUUAUAGAAGAUACAGAGUCGUACUUCAGUUAAUCAGUAAAUUACCACAAAUGAAAAAAAUCAAAGAUUUAUUUAGAAGCAUGGUAUUCAAACCAAGUCCAGUUU